AUGCGAUUCGGAAAGACGCUGCGGCAAGCCAUUUACGCGCCGUGGAAGGACAAGUAUAUCGACUACGCGAAGCUCAAGAGCCUGCUGCGGGAGGACAAGUACGAUGACGACGACGUCGCGUGGACUGAGGAGGACGAGAACCGCUUUUGCGAAGAGAUCUUCAACACCCAACUCGAGAAGGUUGCCCGAUUCCAGGAGCAGACUUUCAACGGCCUGAAGGAUCGUAUCGACGCCGCGUUCGAGAAGCUCAAGGAGCUGGCGCCGCCGCCCAGCGAAGAUGAACAGGAUGGACCCGAGAACGUCAAGAAAGCCGAUGCCGCGACGGCGCAGAAGCUCAGGGACAUCGAGGCGGAGCUCGACAAGAUCACGACCGAUAUCUCGGAACUGAAGAAGUACAGCAACAUCAACUAUACGGGCUUCCUGAAGAUCGUCAAGAAGCACGACCGCAAGCGCGGCGACCGCUACAAGGUCCGGCCCAUGAUGCAGAUGAGGCUGUCGCAGCGGCCCUUCAACUCGGAACAGAGCUACUCGCCGCUUCUCAACAAGCUGUCCAUCAUGUACUACGCCAUCCGUCAGCAGCUCGACGAGGGCGGCGCUGACCAGCAGCCUCUGGAUCUCGAGAGCCAGGGCGAAACGCACAACGGCGAGAGGUACACCGCUCACAAAUUCUGGGUUCACCCAGACAACCUGCUGGAGGUGAAGACGUACAUUAUGAGACGACUCCCCGCGCUUGUCUACAGCGAGCAGUCAGCCAAGGAGCUCGACGGCACCAACGAUCCUACCAUUACCUCGCUGUAUUUCGACAGCCCCAAGUUUGACCUGUACGGAAAGAAAGUGGAGCCCAAGUCUGAGGCCUCUUCCCUGCGCGUGCGGUGGUACGGACAAUUGAGCUCGAAGCCUGACCUGUUCAUUGAGCAGAAAAUUGUCGCGGAGCAGGGCUCGAGCGAGGAGCGCAAGUUCUCCAUCAAGGACAAGUAUAUCAAGCCGUUCAUCGACGGCACGUACAAGAUGGAGAAGACUGUGCAGAAGAUGGAACGUCAGGGGCAGCCGGCGGAGGAGAUUGAGAACUUCAAGAAUACCGUCCAGACCCUGCAGUCCUUUGUCCAGGAAAACAAGUUGCAGCCCGUCCUGCGCGCCAACUACGCCCGCACUGCCUUCCAGAAGCCUGCCGACGAUCGUGUGCGCAUCUCCAUCGACACUGAGGUUGCCUUCAUCCGCGAAGACACCCUGGACCGCGACCGGCCGUGCCGUGACCCGGCAGAGUGGCACCGCAUCGAUAUCGACGGGCGUGGCCUGACCUACCCGUUCAAGGAUAUCAACCAGAGCGAGGUUUCCCGCUUCCCCCAUGCCAUUCUCGAGAUUAAGCUGAAGGAGGACCCCAAUCGGAAGCGUCCGGCGUGGAUCGCCGAUCUCAUGGCAUCCCACCUGGUGCAUCCCGCCCCCCGCUUCUCCAAGUUCGUCCACGGUGUCGCCUCCCUGUUCGAGGACUACGUCAACAGCCUGCCCUUCUGGCUGAGCGACCUGGAGGGCGACAUCCGCAAGGAUCCCCAGCAGGCUUUCGAAGCCGAAGAACAGCGUCGCGCGCAACGUGCUGAGGAUGAAAUGGCUGUUGGCAGCUUCUUGGGCAACAAAGUUAGUUCCUACAAGGUGUCCAAGAGUUCGCCGGCCGGCACAUCGCAUCUCGCCAACCGUAUGGCGGCAGAGGCGAGCGCGCGCUCCAGGCAGGCUGGCACCGCUGAGAGUCAGCAGGCCAACACUACCGGCCAGCAGAGCGGCGAAGGCAGCCAACAGCGCAGCUACGGCACCCUGUCAUCUGUCCUCCCCGGCUUUUCGCUCUCGAAAUAUUCCAAGGCCAAGAGGGCCCAGAGAAGCCGGGUGCAGCUGCCCGAGGGUGUCGUUGAGCCGACCCAAUGGCUCAAGAACUCGGGCGAGCUCAAGAUCGAGCCCAAGGUGUGGCUGGCCAACGAGCGCACGUUCCUCAAGUGGCAGCACAUCUGCAUCCUUCUGGGCGCUCUGGCCGUGUCUCUGUACACAGCAGCGGGCGAGAAUGCCCUUGCCGAGAUGAUGGGUAUCGCCUACAUUUUGAUUGCAAUUUUCGCCGGCGUGUGGGGUUAUACGAUGAUGCACACGAGGAGGACGAUGAUCAUCGACCGCAGCGGGAAGGACUUUGACAACCUCGUCGGACCCUUGAUCAUCAGCGUCGCGUUAAUGAUUGCCCUGAUUCUGAAUUUUGUAUUUGCUUAUCAAGCUGCGGUCGACAAGCUGGACGUCGACAAGGUCCUAGGUGUCACCAACGUCACUGGCGAGCCCAUCCGCCAGGAACUCAUUUAA